UAAUAGCAUAAUUACGUUAGAAAGAGCAAAGAAAAGAAUUUCCUCAAUUGCGAAUUUCCAUGAAAGUACAAAAAGCUUUUAUAGUAAAUAAGAUUCUCAGUGUAAAUUGAUCUAUGAAGGCUGGUUUUCCUCAACCUCGUUCCCAGAGUCUCUCGGUUUCCCGCUCCAGGGGGUGGGAAGAUGAGAGACCCUGGGAACGAGGUUGGGUUUUCCUCAGCGUAUAAGCAUUAUAAGCGACAUAAGCAAAUAAAAGCGUCAGCAACAUACGUUGAAGCAGUACGUAACUCGGCCUUUGGUAGGAAAUUUCCCAACAAAAGGCGAUACUUAACAACAAUUGCAUCUGCAUGAGCGGCUUAUGCUCUAACCAGCCUUGAAAGUUUAGCCUUGAUAAUAGUGAAGCACUGGUAAGCCAAAAGGGGGCGUCUUUUCAUAUCAGCAGACGUUUCGGCGCGAUCCACUAUCAAGCGUUGUGAGUUAUAUUUUCCUACCUUCGAUGAGUUUUGUUGUCAUGUGCAGAUGCUGGUCACUGGUAGGGUACAGACGCAAAGCACCUCAGCUGAUAUCUCUUGGAAUUGGGUGCAACAAGAAAGGCAUCAUCUGCCAUGAAAUGAUGCACUGUCUUGGGUUUUUCCACGAACAAGCUCGACCAGACCGAGACAAAUACGUGGCAAUUUUUUGGGAAAAUAUCCAAAAAGGGAAAGAGCAGAACUUUAAAAGGAUUAGUGAGGUAUAUGCGGAUCCUUUGGACGCUGGCUAUGACACAAGUAGUAUUAUGCAUUAUGGGAGAUAUGCCUUUAACAAAAAUGGCAGACCUACAAUAGAGGUUAUUGGUCAUCCUCUCUCUCCAAUAGGACAACGCCAUGGAUUCAGUAAAACGGAUAUAGAACAACUUAACGCUCUUUAUGAUUGCUCUAAUCCUGGUACGUUAUUCGUUAACGCUAUAUCUUGAUAGAUAGAGCAUUGAUAUGUCGAAGAUUCUUAUACAACUAUCAACAAGUCUCAACUCGACAAUCGACAUUUGCGUUACAUGUCACGCAUGCCAGCAGACAGUAACGCCUUCGUACUUCCUUAACAAAACGUUCUUGUCCCUUCGCUAGAUUUUUCCUUGUGACAUUGUACCGCAAUAGAUGGACCAGUAACGUUUUUAAAGGGUAAGGGGAGGGGGGAGAGAGAGUUGAUGAUUUGGUAGUCCAUAUUAAGGGCAAUUUUUUUGCAUUAGAGACCUCAUGAAGAUAUAAUCUUUCCAUAUUAAUGAAGAGCCGUGCUAAGAUCAUUCAGCUAGGUCUAAGUUUUGGAAAGGGAGACAAAGAUUCAGACUAACAGACAGACAGAUAGACAGACAGACAGAAAGAGAAACAGACUGAACGAGACAGAAAGUACAGACAGAAAGACGAAUACGAAGGAAGGAAGGAGGACAGAGAGGUGAAAUGAUAGGCAGAAAAACAGAUAGACAGACAGACAGACAGACGGAAGGA